AUUUGGAUGGGACGUAAUUUGGGCGCGACGGUUCCGUCCACGCCGGCUCUAGGGAGGGGGUGGUGUUCUGUGGCCGCCUCCCUGGCGGCGCUGGGGAAAUGAGCAGGUAGGAGGCCGACAGCGACCUCCGCGUCUCGGAGCGAACCGUGAGCCUCCCCGUAACGAGAGAGUUUGACUGUCAGCCAAGGUCACCGGGCCCGGCGCAGGGAAGGGGUGGGGCUCGGCUGAGCCCGCGAGACCCGCCCUGCUCGCCGCAGCCCCCGCCCCGCUAGGGCCUUAGGGUCCCGGUAUGGCGAUGGCUUUGACGGACCCGGCGCAGGUGUCUGUGACCUUUGAUGAUGUGGCUGUGACUUUCACCCAGGAGGAGUGGGGCCAGCUGGACCUAGCUCAGCGGACCCUGUACCAGGAGGUGAUGCUGGAAAACUGUGGACUCCUGGUGUCUCUGGGGUGUCCUGUUCCCAGAGCUGAGCUGAUCUACCACCUAGAGCAUGAGCAGGAGCCAUGGACCAGGAAGGAAGACCUCUCCCAAGGCACCUGUCCAGGUGACAAAGGAAAACCCAAGAGCACAGAACCUACCACCUGUGAGCUAGCCUUGUCUGAAGGAAUCUCUUUUUGGGGACAACUAACACAAGGAGCUUCAGGGGACUCCCAGCUGGGGCAACCCAAGGAUCAGGAUGGGUUUUCAGAAAUGCAGGGAGAACGCUUGAGACCAGUGUUAGAUUCCCAAAAGGAGAAGCUUCCUGGAAAAAUGAGCCCCAAACAUGAUGGUUUAGGGACAGCUGAUAGUGUGUGUUCAAGGAUUAUACAGGAUCAAGUCUCCUUAGGAGACGAUGUCCAUGACUGUGACUCACAUGGAUCAGGUAAAAAUCCAGUUAUUCAGGAAGAGGAAAAUAUCUUUAAAUGCAAUGAAUGUGAAAAAGUGUUUAACAAGAAACGCCUGCUUGCUCGGCAUGAGAGGAUUCACUCUGGAGUGAAGCCCUAUGAAUGCACAGAGUGUGGAAAAACCUUUAGCAAGAGUACAUACCUCCUGCAGCACCACAUGGUCCACACUGGGGAGAAGCCCUAUAAGUGCAUGGAGUGUGGGAAGGCUUUUAAUCGCAAGUCACACCUUACCCAGCACCAGCGGAUUCACAGUGGAGAGAAGCCUUAUAAAUGCAGUGAAUGUGGAAAGGCCUUCACCCACCGCUCCACUUUUGUCUUGCAUAACAGGAGCCACACUGGAGAAAAACCCUUUGUGUGCAAAGAGUGUGGCAAAGCCUUUCGAGACAGGCCAGGUUUCAUUCGACACUACAUCAUCCACAGUGGUGAGAAUCCCUACGAGUGCUUCGAAUGUGGCAAGGUCUUCAAACACAGAUCAUACCUCAUGUGGCACCAGCAGACUCAUACCGGGGAGAAGCCCUAUGAGUGCAGUGAAUGUGGGAAGGCCUUCUGUGAGAGCGCAGCGCUGAUUCACCACUAUGUCAUCCACACUGGAGAGAAGCCCUUUGAGUGCCUCGAGUGUGGGAAGGCUUUCAACCACCGAUCCUACCUCAAGAGGCACCAGCGGAUUCACACUGGGGAGAAGCCUUAUGUGUGUAGUGAAUGUGGAAAGGCCUUCACCCACUGCUCUACUUUCAUCUUGCAUAAAAGGGCCCACACUGGAGAAAAACCUUUCGAGUGCAAAGAGUGUGGGAAAGCCUUUAGCAACAGGGCAGACCUCAUUCGACACUUCAGCAUCCACACUGGAGAGAAGCCCUAUGAGUGCAUGGAGUGUGGAAAGGCCUUCAACCGCAGGUCAGGCCUCACAAGGCACCAGCGGAUUCAUAGUGGAGAGAAGCCCUAUGAAUGCAUCGAGUGUGGGAAAACAUUUUGCUGGAGCACAAACCUCAUUCGACACUCUAUCAUCCACACUGGAGAGAAGCCGUAUGAGUGCAGUGAAUGUGGAAAGGCCUUCAGUCGCAGCUCUUCCCUCACUCAGCAUCAAAGGAUGCAUACUGGGAGAAAUCCUAUCAGUGUAACAGAUGUGGGAAGACCUUUUACAAGUGGGCAGACCUCAGUGAACAUCCAAGAACUUUUAUUGGGGAAAAACUUUUUGAAUGUCACCACUGAGGAAAAUCUUUUGCAAGAGGAAGCAUCUUACAUGGCAUCUGAUCGUACAUACCAAAGAGAAACCCCACAAGUGUCUUCACUGUGAGAAAACCUUCUGUUGCCAAAUGUCAUUUGUCACCUAAGGAGUCAUAUUAGAAAAUUACACAGCUUAGAGCCUUAUUCUCCAUCUGAAUUCAUCCUGGAAAAACACCCAGUGGUUAUUAUGCACUUGGGAAAACCUUUAGCUCCAUCUUUCUCAUUAGUUUACAGUGCAGUGUUAUCUCAGGAAUUUUUAUAAACAGAAAGAGGUGACAUAGAAAAGAAAAUGAAAUGCAGACACUGCUUUUAUACUGUUGUCUUGUAUGUACAUUUCUGUCCUGUGUCAGGAAAGUUAGUAAGGGAAGGUCUGGAAACUUACUCAAUGUCUUUGUUCUACAACAUUGUCUCUUCUUAAGAAGCAUUGUUUUUAUGAGAAAUAAUGAAGCCUUGAGUUAUGAAAUACUUUUAUAUUUAAGGAUUAAAAGAAACAUGAAUGCGCACAUUUUAUUGUACCACUUAAUACUGUUUAGGUCUUUGAUUUUUUAAAAAAAUUCUUUUUUAAUGGGUUUUAAACACUAACACUGAGAAUUUUUCUUGAUUCCCAUCUGUUGGUUUACUUGAUUGCUAUAGCUGUAUGGUAAAUCUCAAAAUUAGGUAAUGUGAUUUCUUUUUUCUUACUAUUUUUAUUUAAAAUUCAUUUAGCAUUCCUAGUUUGACUUUCCAUAUACACUUUAGGAUUGGUUUUUCUGUUUUCCAAAUAUUCUUGCUUGGAUUUUGAUAGAAAUUGAGUUAAAUCUAUAGAUCAAUGUGUUGAAAAUUGGCAUCUUAGUCUUCCAAUUCAUGAACAUAGCCUAUCUUUUCAUUAUUUAAAUUUUCUUUGAUAUAUUUCAUUACUGUUUUAUAGUUUACACAGUAUAACUCCUGCACAUUUAAAAUAAGAAUUAUAGCUUCAUAGUUUUUUGAGUGAUUGUAAAUGGCAUUGAUAUUUAAAGUUUCAAUUUUCACAUGAUGUUGGCUAGUAUACAGAAACAUUAUUUUUUCAAUCUUAUUUUGCUGUCUUGCAACCUUCCUAAACUCAUUAUUUCUUGCCAUUUCUUUUGGGAGAAUCCUUAGGAUUUUAAAUAUAGAAAUAUCAUUUGCAAUUUGGGACAGUUUUAUUUCUUGCUUCCCAUCUGUAUACCUUUUAUUUGCUUUUCUCAUGUUAUUGUACUAGGUAGGAUUUCCAGUGUGAUGUUGAAUACGAAUAGUGACAAGUUAUCCAUGCCUCGUUCCUGAUAUUAGGGGGAAAUGUUCAGUUUCUCAUUAUUAUGAUGUUGAAAGUUGCUUCCAAAGAGUUUCUCUAUCGAGUUUAGAAAGUUUCCCUCUAUUCCUAAUUUGCUGGGAUUUUUUUGGUUAUUAUUAAUGUGUUGAAUUUUGUCAUAUGCUUUUUCUCCACCAAUUGAUUUAAUUAUGUGAUGUUACUUCUAUAGUCAGUUGAUAUGAUGUGUUACCUUGAUUUUCAAGUAUUGAACCAGCCUCACAUCUUUGUGAUAAGCCCUACUUGAUCAUGGAGUAUAAUUUUGUUUGUAUACUAUGCUACAGUAUUUCAUUUGCUAGUAUUUUGUUGAGGAAGCUUUCCUCUGAUUUCAUGAGUGAUAAUCUGUAGUUUUCUUUCUUCAACUGUUACUGUUUGGUUUUGAUGUCUAGAUGAUAACUAACCUCCUAACAUGAAUUGGAAGGAAUUCUCUUCUGUUUUUUUGGAAGAUCAUAUGUAGAAUUGGUGUUAUUUGUUCCUUUAAUGUUUGGUAGCUUUCUCCAGUGAAGAAGUGGGACCUGGAGAUUUUCCUUUUGAAUGCUUUUUAAUUAUGUAUUUAUUUUAUUUAAUAGGUAUAGAACUAUUCAGAGUAUUUCAUAUUGGAUGAAUUUUUAUAGAUUUUCUUAAGGAAGUGUUCAUUUUAUGUAAAUGUUCUAAUUUGUAGCAUUCUUUGAAAUAUUUCCUUUUAUCCUCUUGAUGGCAGCAGGAUCUGUACUUAUGUUCCUUGUUGUAUUCCUGAUAUUGGAAAUGUAUCACUUAUUGUUGUCAGUCUUUGUAGGCAUAUGUCAAUUUCAUUGGUCAUUUCAAAGAAAUAGCACUUUAUGUCACUGAUUUUUCUCCGGUCUCUGUUCUUAAUUUCACUGAUAUCUGCUCUGAUGUGUAUUGUAUCCUUUCUCCUACUUGCUCUGGUUGUAUUUGACUCAGUGGUUUCCUGAGGUGGAUGUUUAGGUUAUUGAUUUGAGGCUUUUUUUCUUUUUUAAUAUAAGCUUUAAGUUCUAUACAUUUUUCUUACACUGCUGUUAGUUUCAUCCCACAAGUCUUAAUAUGCUUUUGAUUAUCUUACUCAGUUCUAAGAUUUCCUGAUUCCUUUUGAGACAUCUUCUCUAACCCAGGAAUUAUUUAGAAGUAUAUUGUUUAAUAGUGUUUGGAGUAUUCCCUGCUAUUUGUUACUGAUUUCUAAUUUGUUUUGCAUUUGAUGUUACUGUUUAAAUUUGUUGACUUUUUUUCCUUAUGACCCAGGAUAUAGGCUGUCUUGUUUUAUAUAGCUGCUUGAAAAGAAUGUGUGUUCUCGGUCAUUUGGUGGAGUUUCUGUAAAUGUUUGUAUGAUCCUGUUAGUUGGUGGUGUUAUUUAGGUCUCCUGUAUCCUUGCUGAUUUUCUGUCUAGUAUUUCUAUCAAUUGCCAAGAGAAGGAUGUUGAAGUCCUGAGCUAUAAUUGUGGAAUUACCUUUUCCUCCUUUAAGUUCUAUCAGUUUUUGCUCCACAUAAUUUAAAGCUCUGUUGUUUGGUAUAUACACAUGUAGGUUUGCUUAGUAUUCUUGGUGUAUUGACCCUUUUAUAAUUAAGUAAUGUCCCUUUUUGCUCCUGUUAAUACUCUUAUCAAUUUUUAUCUGAUAUUUGUGUGGUCACUCUUACGUUUUGGUUAAUGCUUGCAUGAUUUAUACUUCAUCAUUUUUUUAAACCUUAUCUAUAUCACUAUAUUGGGAGUAAGUUUCUUGUGAACAGCGUAUAUUUGGGCUGUGGUUUUAUAUCCAGUUUGCGUAUCUUUUUUUUUUUUUUUUUUUUUUUUUUUUUUGAGACGGAGUUUUGUUCUUGUUGCCCAGGCUGGAGUGGAGUGGUGCGAUCUCGGCUCACUGCAACCUCCGCCUCCUGGGUUCAAGUGAUUCUCCUUCCUCAGGCUCUUGAGUAGCUGGGAUUACAGGCAUCCGCCACCAUGCCUGACUGAUUUUUUGUAUUUUUAGUAGAGAUGGAAUUUCACCAUGUUGGCCAGGCUGGUCUCGAACUCCUGACCUCAGGUGAUCUGCCCACCUCAGCCUCCCAAAGUGCUGGGAUUACAGGUAUGUGUCACUGUGUCUGGCCCCAGUUUGCAUAUUUCUGUCUUUUAUUGGUGUAUUUAGACCAUUUAAAGUUUACAAUAAUUAUGUUAGUGCUAUGUCUGCUAUUUUAUGAUUAGUUUUUUGUGUUUCCUGUUGCUUCUUUCUUGGUUUGUUUGGGUUUUUUUUUUUUGUCUUUAACAUUUUUUAGAAUUCCAUUUGAUAUAUUUGUAGUGUUUUUUAAAUAUAUUUCUUUGUAUUAAUUUUUUUAGUGGUUGCUUUAAGUAGUAUAAUGUACAUAUGUAACAUAAUUACAGUUAAUGGUAUGAAAAAUUUAGCACUUUGAUGUAUAGAAACCUUAACUUCCAUUGGUCCCUUCACCUUGCCUGUUAAUAUAAUUGUCUAAAGUAAUUCCUCUUCAAAAUUGAGCACCAUGUUGGAAAAUGUAAUUUUUGCUUCCACUGUCAAAUAUAUUUUACAAAAGUUACAGGAAGUAUUGCUUGUUGAUCUCUUUACCCAUUCCACUAUUCUUUCUUGAAAUUCUAAGCCACCUUCUAUUAACAUUUUCUUUCUGUUUGGCGAACUUGUGUAGCCUUUUUUCUAGGGUCAGUCUGCUGGUGUCUCUAAAAGUGUCUUUAUGUUCCCUUCAUUCCUGAGGGAUAUUUUUGUGGGAUAAUAGGAUUUAGGGUCUGCAGUUCUUUUAGUACUUGAGAAACAUGUUUGUUCCUUCUGUCCGCUAUGGUUUCAGAUGAGAAAUCUGUUGCCAUUUGAACCAUUGUUCCCUAGUUCAUAAUGUGCCAUUUUUAUCAACCUGCGUUCAAAGAGUUUUGUUUUUUUUGUAGUGUUCAGAAGUUUGGUUAUGAGGUGUGUGACAUGGAAUUUUUUUUGAGUGUAUCAUGUUUGGUUUUUGUUUAGCUUUUUGAUUUGUAGGUUUAUGCCCUUUGCCAAAUUUGGGAAUUUUUAACCAUUAUUUCUUGAAAUAUUUUUUCAUCCCUACUCUUUCUCCUCUCUGUGAUAUGAAUGGUAGAGCUUUUGUUACUGUCUCAGAGGUCUCUUGUGCUUUCAUGUUUACCCCCUUUUUCUGGUCUAUUUUUCCCUUUUUUUCAUAUUGGUUAAUUUCUGUUGACUUUUUUUCAGCUCACUGAUUCUUUUUUUCUGCCAUAUGCAGUCUACUGUUGAGCUUGUCCAAUGACUUUUCAUUUUGGUUUUUGUAUUUUUCAGUUAAUUUCCAUUUGUUUUGUUUUGUUUUGUUUUGUUUUGUUUUGUUUUGUUUUGUUUUGUUGAGACGGAGUCUUUGCUCUGUUGCCCAGGCUGGAGUGCAGUGGCGCGAUCUCUGCUCACUGCAGGCUCUGCCUCCCGGGUUCAUGCCAUUCUUCUGCCUCAGCCUCCUGAGUAGCUGGGACUACAGGUGCCCGCCACCAUGCCCGGCUAAUUUUUUGUAUUUUUAGUAGAGACAGGGUUUCACUGUGUUAGCCAGGAUGGUCUCGAUUUCCUGAUCUUUGAUCCACCUGCCUUGGCCUCCCGAAGUGCUGGGAUUACAGGUGUGAGCCACUGUGCCUGGCCUCCAUUUGGUUCUUUUGUACAUCUUUGAUUUCUUUGCUUAGUUUAUAAUACUAAAGGGCUCAGAAAACAGAAAAAACUAAAUUCCAGAGUCAUGGUUUUCUGGUGGUUUGUCUCAAUAUUUGAAUAGAAAUCCUAAAUUAUCUGGAGGAGUAGAAGUCCUGUAAUCUUUUAUAUUGGGCGUCUUAAAUAUUUCUGUCAACAGAUCUUAUAUCAGGGUGAUCUGCAUAUCAUUCAGAGUUACGUACUCCAUGGGAAGGUUGUAUGUAAAAUCCUCCAGCUCUGUAAGCCUUGUUAUAUCCUCAAUGGAGAAGGGGUCAUUCCUUUUCUAAGAUCACUCUUACACUUUUUUAUUAGACACACACACCCUUCCCCAACCAAACUUGUCUAAGUCCUCUGUCUUUCAUACCCUUGUUUAGUCUUUAACUUCUCCUUAUUAACCAGCUUCUUUCCCAUAAUGUGUAACUUUAGUCAGAUCUCAAGCCUUGUUUCCAACCUAUUUCACCCUUCCUUGCCUAUCAAGCUCUGGUUAUUCUUUCUUCCACACACAUGCCCUGAGUAACUAUUCUGUGCACUGUCCCCACCCCUUUACAUUUCCUUUUACUCCCCAGAUACUACUAAAUGGCUUCCACCACCGUUGCCUGACUUAAGCACGUCUCAGAAAGGUCCCUUUUGACCCCCUCACUCUCUUUUUGGACCUCCAUACUGCUAAAUCUCUGACUUGAAGGUCCUUUCCUGGCUUCUGUGAAUUCCUGGCUUUUUUCCUUUUUAGGGUCUGUGUCUUUCUUCCAUCUGUAAAACAGCUUUACUUCCCAGCAUCCAUCAUGAUCAUUGCUGUUUUCUAACUUGUCCUUCACCCCAUGACUGAGUUAAUUUGCGCUGAAGACACUUUACUCUCAAUUACCUACAGUGUUUCCCUAAAUCUGUGUCUCCAGGUUGGACGUUUCUCAUGUCGUUACCCACUGGUCAUCCUUCCACGCCUUUUCUGUAUUUGCACUCACUGAGCCUAUAUGCAUGUAUCAUGUGGCCAUGACCUUGGCCGUGGGGAUGCACCCAUAAUCAUCAUAAGAGAACACAAAUUAUUACUGUGUAUCAGACAUUGUUUUGAAUGUUUUACAUGCGUCAGCUCUUUUAACCUUUAUGACAACUCCAUAAUGUUAUUUCCCCCCUUUAACAGAUUAGAAAACUGAGGUACAGAAAGAUUAAGGAAUUUGUCAAAGAUUUCACAAUUGUGAAAUUUGGGUUUGGGGACUGGAAGCCACUGCACUGGCUUCAGAAUCCUUGUCCUUAACCACUUUAUUGCUUCUCAUAAGGUGGGUCUUUGUUUCCUGGUCACCACUUGUUUUUACUAAAAUGAGUCAAACUGUGCUCAUUUAUUUAUAAUCUACUAUUCUUAUUUGACAGUACAUCUUGGCCAUUCCUUCAAGCAAAUGAGAUAAACCAGACUCACUCUUUAAUGCCUGCAUAAGCUAUUGUGACUGUAGAAAAGACGGAGAAUGUCUGGGUUUGAGGAUAUGUGGGAGGGGUGGGGAGAAGGAGUAGAGAAGGGCUAAGGCAUGCAUGUUGUUUUAGGUGUGUUUGAGAUGCCUGAAGAACAUCAGUGUAUCCCCCUAAUUUCUGUCUUGUUACUCAAACCAGACACAUUGUGGCCAUUUCUUUUUCCUUUAUCAUUCCCACGUCCAGCCACUGCCCCAUUCCUUUUUGUUCCUUAGUAGACCCUCAAUAUAUAUGUGUGUGUUGGUAAAUGGCCAUACACAGCAGGGUAUUUUUUAUUAUAAUUUUCAGUUCCCUCAGCGCGUUUACCACAAAGCUGUGCAUAUAGGUGGCACCAUAUAUGGCGUACCUUGACCUCGAAGAGAAUCUACAUGGACUUUUAUGGACCUAUGUACACAAUUUUAGAAAUCAUAAUGAAUGAAUGCUGGAGUCCUCAAGACCCCUUCCAGAUUUCAUUUGCUAGGAAGACUCACAGGACUCAGCAUUUUGUCAUACUCAAUGGCUAUGAUUUACCACACCGAAAGAAUCCAGAGCAAACUCAGUAAAAGGCUCAAACCCAAGUCCAGAGGAAACCAGGCACAAUCUUCGAGAAUCUUAAUGAAAUCACACCGGAUGUGCUUCAUUGAAGCUCCAUCUGGGACUUAAAACAACACACAUGAGAUGUGUUCCAGGAAGUCGUCUUGAGCACCCAUUGCUCAGAGUUUAUAUUGGACUUGCUUUCUAGCACAUACCACAAUUCUAGACCUCCAGAAGAACAGGAGGUGUUCAGCGUAAGACAAUUUAGGCACACGGAGCUACUUCUCAUUACUGGGAACAAUGGGAAACUUCCCGAAACCUAAAGUACAGACUCCAGCCAAGGAUGAACCUUGCAAGAUCAAAGAAUAGCAGUCUCUGGCCUGCUCUGUUCUCUUUUUCACAGUAACUUAAAUGGAAAAAUGCUGAGUUAGCUUAAGUUUCUGUAACAAACAUUAAGCAAAUAAAAUUUUCUAUAACAGAAA